AUGCUAAAGGACCCCAGGGUUGCUGCAGAUCGUACUGCUCCAGAGGGUCGUGUCAUAGGUAUUGACUUGAUACCCGCACAACCCCCGCGAGGCGUCUCCACCAUACAAGGCGACUUCUUGUCACCUGUAAUCCAAGACGAGGUUCGAGCCUAUGUGCGAGAUCCGGACCUGGGCAGACCCAGAAAACAGGUUUCUGCGAAAGCAAGCGAGGGACUUACCGAAGAAGAGCUGGACGACAUGGAACGAGGAUACAUUGACAUCGAACGACAUGCUCAUCUGGAGGGCGCAGAACUCGAGCCGAUUGGGCGCCCAGCAGAGACCAGUGACAGAGAACAAGAUGCUCCAACUAGGCUCUCGUUGAAGGAGAGGGAUAUGCAGCAGGGCAGAGCAGUAGACGUGGUGCUCAGCGACAUGUCAGAACCCUGGGACCAAACGGCCGGCUUCUACAAGAAGAGCCUUAGUGACCCAUAUUUUAGGAUGAUGAACACCAGCGGAAAUGCUUUCAGAGACCACGCCGGCAGCAUGGACUUGUGCAUGGCCGCCCUGACAUUCGCUUUCGAUACGCUCAAGACUGGCGGCCACUUCCUCUGCAAGUACUACAAAGGAUCGGAGGAAAAGGCAUUCGAGACAAAGCUGAAGCGUCUCUUCGCCAAGGUGUACAGGGAGAAGCCGGAAUCCUCUCGCGCUGAAUCUAAAGAGGCGUACUUUGUGGCACUGCGCCGCAAAGAGAAACCGACGAAGGAGGAGGUCUUUGGAGAAUAA